CAAACGGGCAUCGAGCCAUGCAAUUUCUAUGUAUUGAUUGCAACGACCGCCAUGGCCCCUGGUCUGUAGCAUUCCAUUCUUCCCCCUCUGUUUGACUGCCUUUCUUCCUUUUCGCAUCGACCAGUACUCGACCUGUCCGGCGCUUACGACCUAGAUAACGCGCCACACGGCAGGACCUUGUUGGCGCCAUCUCCGGAAGCCGAUUGCAGUCAGCUCGUCAGCUGAGUCGGGCCAGGCGCAUAUACAAGAGUACCCUGCUAGCAGAGUUGUACAUAUUACACAUUCUUAGACAUCGGUGUCCUGGAGAUUCUUUGUCGCCCUUCUUUGCGUCGCAAACAACCAUGGCGCCACAAUACCUCCAAGUCUCACAAAGAGACGACCGCCGGGACAGCAGUCUGAUUUCUCCCACUGGCCCGCCGCCGACCACUAUCCUACAUGGCUCUCCCUCGACUGCAUCUGACGGAGUCUCCCCUCGCGCCUCUCCUCAAACACAGUUCGCCAACUGGAACAACAACAUGGGCCCCCGUACCCCGCCACAGCCCUCGUCACAACCGCAACAUCUUGCGACAACGACACUCAAAGUAGAGGGCAUGACAUGCGGCGCAUGCACCUCGGCAGUAGAAUCAGCCUUCACAAAUGUAGACGGUGUUGGCAGUGUGUCUGUCAGCUUGGUCAUGGAACGCGCUGUUAUCAUGCACGACACAACCAAAAUCUCCGCCGAACAAGUACGAGAAAUAAUAGAAGACCGAGGCUUUGAUGCGACCGUCCUAAACACAGAUCUACCCGUUGCGACUUUGGACGAUAUCGCUGAAGAAGAGUCGGACGAAGACAUGAUGGGCCUUGGAAUUAUGGCCGUCCCCUCAGGCUUGGUGACUACCACCGUCAGCGUGGGCGGUAUGACAUGCGGCGCAUGCACAUCUGCCGUCGAGGGCGCAUUCAAGGACCUUCCUGGAAUCAAGAGCUUCAACAUCUCGUUGCUGUCAGAAAGAGCUGUCAUUGAGCACGACUCGAAGCUGAUCAGCGCCGACAAGAUUGCCGAGACUAUCGAAGACACAGGUUUUGAUGCGUCUGUCGUUGAGUCAAAAGCAUCCGAGCCUGUGCGAUCCACGAAGACGCUAUCUUCAUCAAGGCGGCAGAGCAGGAAACACGACAUUCUUUUCACCACCAUUGUUGCAAUUGAAGGCAUGACUUGUGGUGCAUGCACCUCCGCUGUAACAAGUGGUUUCAGCGAUGUACCCGGAGUCCUCAAGUUCGACAUCAGCUUGCUUGCCGAAAGAGCUGUGAUUCUACAUGAUCCCACAAAGCUUUCUCCGGAAAAGAUUGUCGAGACCAUUGAGGAUCGUGGUUUCGACGCCAAGAUUCUGACGUCUCGUGAGGAAGGAGGAUCGCGCUCCAGAAGGGCCAGCAGCACUGUUGAGCUCAAACUCUUUGGUCUACAAACCCCCGAAGCUGCUUCAGCCCUCGAGGCUGCUCUCAAAAAGCGGAAAGGCAGCACUGCAGUCAAGAUCGAUUUCAAAACUGGCCGAGCCUCUGUCGCAUUUGAUCCUACGCAGACUGGCCUUCGCGCAAUUGUCGAAUCAAUCGAGGACGAAGGUCUCAACGCCUUGACCGCCGAAAACGACGACAACAAUGCCCAGCUAGAGUCGCUUGCGAAGACUAAGGAGAUUCAGGAAUGGUCUAGAGCCUUGAAAGUAUCUCUGUUCUUCGCUAUCCCGGUCUUUCUCACGAGCAUGAUGUUCCCCAUGUUCAUCAAGCCUCUGGAUUAUGGAAGCAUCAAGCUACCGUUGAUACCAGGACUUUGGCUCGGGGACGUUGUCUGCUUGCUACUUACUAUACCUGUUCAAUUCGGCAUUGGCAAACGAUUCUACAGAUCUGCGUACAAAUCUCUCAAGCACGGCUCGCCGACUAUGGAUGUUUUGGUUGUGCUGGGAACAUCUGCAGCAUUCUUCUUCAGCUGUGCCGCCAUGCUAGUCUCAAUCUUCACGCCACCUCAUUCACGACCUGCCACGACGUUUGAUACAAGCACUAUGCUUAUCACCUUCAUUAUGCUCGGUCGAUUCCUCGAAAAUAGAGCCAAGGGACAGACCUCGGCCGCUUUGUCUCGCCUUAUGAGUCUCGCACCGUCAACUGCUCUCAUCUACACAGACCCUAUCGCAGCGCAAAAGGCCGCCGACGAAUGGGACGGCGACAACGAAAAAUCCGAGAAAACCUCAACUAGAGGUGCGCUCGAGGAGAAGACUGUCCCUACGGAGCUCCUCGAAGUCGGCGAUGUGGUCAUUCUCAAGCCUGGUGACAAAGUCCCUGCUGACGGUACCGUCAUCCGUGGCGAUAGCUACGUCAACGAAAGCAUGGUUACCGGAGAGGCGAUGCCUAUUCUGAAGACGAAGGGCAAGAAUCUCAUGGCAGGUACCGUCAAUGGUUCAGGAAGACUCGAUUUCCAGGUCACUAGAGCUGGCCGUGACACACAACUCAGCCAGAUCGUGAGACUUGUGCAAGAAGCCCAAACCAGCCGUGCGCCUAUUCAGCGUAUGGCCGAUGUGGUUGCUGGCUACUUCGUACCUAUCAUCAUCACACUGGGCCUCGCUACCUUUACAGCAUGGAUGAUCUUGAGCCAUUUGCUGCCUACACCACCCACCAUCUUCACUAAGGAUACGAGUGGUGGCCCGCUGAUGGUUUGCGUCAAGCUCUGUAUUGCUGUCAUUGUCUUCGCCUGCCCAUGUGCACUAGGUCUUGCGACACCCACUGCUGUCAUGGUUGGUACUGGUGUCGGAGCCGAGCAGGGUAUUCUUAUCAAAGGUGGCGCGACUCUGGAAACCGCAACCAAGGUAACACACAUUGUCCUCGACAAGACUGGAACCUUGACCAUGGGAAAGAUGAGUGUGUCGCGUUCAGAUAUACAAGGUGGCUGGACCGCCGAUGCUGCCAAGCUGCGUCUUUGGUGGACCAUCAUUGGACUCGCGGAGAUGGGCAGUGAACACCCUAUCGCACGCGCGAUCACAACUGCAGCCAAAUCGCAUCUUGGUCUCGGUUCCGAUGGCACACUGGAUGGUAGUGUCGGCGACUUCGUGUCCACUGUCGGGAAGGGCAUUUCCGCGUCUGUGGAGGCUGCCAUCUCACCCCAACGCAAGCGCUAUAACGUGAUGAUCGGUAACACCUCGUAUCUACGUUCCCAUGGCGUAAUCGUUCCGGAAGAUGCAGACGACACCAACGACUUUGAAGUCCGUGAAGAAACAGGCACAUUCUCCAAACAGCAGUCAGCAGGUGUCACUACUAUCCACACCUCCAUCGACGGCGUCUAUACUGGCCCUCUUUCCCUCUCAGACACUCUGAAGCCUUCAGCUCCAGCCGCAAUUGCUUGUCUCCAGCGCAUGGGCAUUACUUGCUCCAUCGUCACUGGCGACCAAGCAAGCACAGCCCACUAUGUUGCUAAUCUUCUUAACAUCCCGUCGCAGAACGUUCACGCUGGCGUUCUCCCUAGUGGCAAACGCGAGAUUGUGGAGGAACUCCAAGCUCAAGGUAUCAUCGUAGCCAUGGUUGGAGACGGUAUCAACGACUCUCCCGCUCUCGCAACCGUCAACGUCGGUAUCUCGCUCGCCUCAGGCACUGAUGUCGCCAUCGAAGCCGCUGAUGUAGUUCUUAUGCGCCCCGACCAUCUCCUCGACAUACCCUCUUCUCUGGCCUUAUCUCGCGCUAUCUUCCGCCGCAUCAAGUUGAACCUGAUCUGGGCUUGUUUGUACAAUGGUAUCGGUUUACCCAUCGCCAUGGGUUUCUUUCUUCCCUGGGGCUUGACUUUGCCACCCAUGGCCGCUGGAGCUGCAAUGGCAUGUUCCAGUGUUACUGUUGUUGUAUCGAGUUUAUUGCUCAAGCGCUGGAAGCCACCAAGAUAUAUCCGUGAAGCAGCCGCCAAGGAAGUUUCCGAGGCUGAGAUGUUUACGGAUGCGGGCGCCGCGGCUCAGAGCCGUGGUGUGGGUGACAUGGUGCGUGGGCUUAUCGGCAUGGUCGGAAGGAAGAGGGGGGAUGGGAACGCUGAUAGAGGUGCUUAUGUGCCUUUGCAGAGGUUUGAGGAAGUGUAGAUUUCUGAGCGCUUAUACCUAUUUGAUUGUUCUUUUCCUUCUUCUUGUUUCUUUUGUGUCACCGAGAGUGGCUGGCAUAGCUUUGGUACCUUGAAGAGAGCUUCCUUGUGCACACACAAAGAUGUAAUGUGCAAUUUUCUAUCCAGC